AUGGCGAGCAGCGGCCCUAUGCAUAAUUUCACCACCCUCAUCAAGCGGCUCGAGGCCGCGACCUCACGCUUGGAGGAUAUGGCAAUGACCCUGGAUGAGCCCAGUUCCCCGAAGACUGCGGGCGCUCCUGCUUCUGCUACUCCGGCUACCCCCGAACCUCCCAAGCUUGCGCCUCCCCCACCGGCGGCCCCUGCAGCGGCUCCGAUUCCACCACAGAUCCAAGACUUUGAUGCAUUGAUCAAGGGGGAUGUCCAAAACUAUGUGAACUUGGGUGAGAAGAUUGGUGGCCUCGUGGCAGAGCAGUCCAGAGCAGUUCUGCAAGCCUUCCAGGCCGAGCGCACCUACCUUUACGUCUCGACCAAGGCCAAGAAGCCCGAGCCUCAGCCCCCGGAACUCAUGACAGACCUGCACAAGGCAUCGGACAGCCUCAACAACAUUCGAGAAUCCAACCGGGCUUCGCCGCUGUUCAACCACCUGAGCGCAGUGGCAGAGGGUAUCGUUGCUCUCGGUUGGUUCUUUGAAAGCAAGCCCGCAGACUUCGUGGCGGACAUGAUCGGUGGUAUCGAGUACUACGGUAACAAGGUUUUGAAAGAGUACAAGGAGAAGGACCGCACGCACGUCGAGUACAUCCAGGCAUACUACCAGAACUUCAAGGCCCUCGCAGCAUAUCUCAAGAAACACUACCCCAAAGGCUUGACGUGGAACAACGAAUCCGGUGUCGAUGCGCUCGAAGCAUUGAAGCAAGUCAAGGGCGGACCAGCACCGGCUGGCGCUGGUGCCAUGCCUCCUCCUCCACCGCCGCCCCCUGUACCGGCACUAAACGUCCCUAGCGGCGGCGCUCCUCCCCCACCUCCGCCUCCCGGAAUUCCUCCGGCUCCUGCCCCGGCGGCCCCUGGGCCGGACAUGUCGGCCGUCUUUGACCAGCUCAACCAAGGCGAGGCAAUCACCUCUGGUCUGCGCAAGGUUGACAAAUCAGAGAUGACUCACAAGAACCCUAGUCUGCGUGCGGGAUCGACGGCACCAGAAGGUUCCAGCGCUGUCCGCGGCAAGUCGCCUGCGCCGAGCAAGAAGCCCAAGCCUCAGAACAUGCGCGCUCGCAAGCCGCCGCGCAAGGACCUGGAGGGUAACAAGUGGCUUAUUGAGAACUUUGAAAGCCCAGAAGAGAUUAUCGAUAUCUCCGCGCAGCAGAACCAGUCCAUUCUCAUCACACGCUGCAACAAGACCGUCAUCAAGGUUUCCAACAAGGCUAACGCCAUUGCCAUCGACAACUGCAACGGCCUCUCCAUUAUUGUCGACUCCCUUGUCAGCAGUCUCGAUGUCAUCAAGUGCCCCAAGUUUGCUCUGCAGAUCGACGGCACCGUCCCUACUCUGCUUCUGGAUCAGGUCGAUGGCGCCACUGUCUUCCUUGGCCAGCAGAGCCUCGGCACUGAGGUCUUCACUAGCAAAUGCUCAGCUAUUAACAUCAUGCUCCCGCCGAAGGAGGGUACUGAUGAAGACACCAAGGAGUGCCCGCUCCCCGAGCAGAUCAAGAGCUACGUCAAGGACGGUGUGCUGGUGAACGAGAUCGUCGAGCAUGCCGGGUAA